UUCGUGUGGACAUAUUUUUGUUUUCUACGAAGCCGCUUUGACUCUGCAAGUUGUUAUGGGCUCUGCGCAUGCGCAAACGACUAUCAGCUGUUGUGAAGAGGUGUAACCAAAGUAUGUUUAUUUCUGUCUUCAGUCCUACGGACACAGAUAUCAACAGGGCGCUUAAAAAGUGCCAUGUUACCUUUUUUAUGGAGAGUUGACUAUUAAAUGACGAACUGUCUUUCGAUAGGAAUAUUGCUUGAAAUAUUAGUACAUGAAACGUGAAGUGCUUACCGAUUUCCUACUGCCAUCGCGUAAUGGUGCACGUUUUUAAUUUUGUUAUUUCUUUAACAUGACAGUUUGAGUGAAAUGCCGAUUUAUAUUUGUGACUGGUAGCUGUUGUUGAUCUUUUACUAAUAUGAGUUGUAAUCCCGAAGAACUCAUAGAGGAUGCUUUGACAUCAUCCACAAGAGCUGUGCAGUUUGACAGGUCAGGCCAGCAUGAAAUAGCAGCUUAUUAUUAUCGUGAAGCAGCAAGGUUCUUAAAUGUAGCAGCUGGUAGCUCAGCGGAUGCAGAACAACAGGAAACUUGGAGGACAAAAGCACGUGAAUACGUUUGCAGAGCGAUUCAAUUAGAUAACCUCGUGUGUGCCCAGCGCAAUGAAAAUACUGGCAGUUCUGAAGUGAAGCAGCAGCUUCUGAAGUGCAAGUUUUUAUUUCAUCAAGCAUUAAAUGCUGAUGAAGCAGGCCACAAAGAAGAAGCCAUUGAACUUUAUUUAAAUGCUGCAGAUCUUGGUUUGAAAGCAAGAGCAGCAGCAGUCAAUGAUCCUGUGCUCCAUGCUAAACUUACUAAGGUUACAUGCAAUGCUGUGGAACGGGCUGAGGAACUGAAAGGGAUUUCUCACAAACCAAAGGAAACUUCAGUCUCUGUCCAACCAUCUGUCCCUACAAUCCCAGAAGCAAAGAGCCCUAGUAUAUCAGUGAGAGCUUCAUCUCAAAGAGGAACUGGACCACAGCUUCAUCGUGGCAGCAGUGCACAUUUGAAAAUUACUGGACAAGAUACUUAUACAGAAGAAGAGAAACGAGUUUUAUUACAGACUUCAAAUAUAAAUGGAAAAGAAUAUGUACCAUUUAUGAGUGUUGAUUUAUCAGAACGAUUCCAGUAUUCGUUACCAUACACAGACCGUGAUGGUCCACUGCCAUUGUCACCAAAACAGCGGAAGGAUUUUGCACGGUGGGCUCGGCCAGAGGAAUUCUGCUCAGAACCAAAGAUGGUUGUUGGGUCACAUGUUGAUUGCUUCAGUAUCAAACAGACAGUCAUAUCUGACUGUUCUUUUGUUGCAUCAUUAGCUGUCAGUGCAUUGUAUGAAAAGAGAUUUGGCAGAAGUCUUAUAACAUCUAUUAUUUAUCCCCGUAAUAAGAAAAAGCAACCAGCAUACAAUCCUUUUGGUAAAUACAUGAUCAAGCUACAUAUCAAUGGAGUCCCUCGUAAAAUCAUUAUUGAUGAUAACCUUCCUCUGGGAAAAAGAGGAGAACUGCUGUGCUCAUAUUCAACAAACAAAAAUGAGUUAUGGAUUUCAUUGCUGGAAAAAGCCUACAUGAAAGUUAUGGGCGGAUAUGACUUCCCAGGAUCAAACAGUAAUAUAGAUUUACAUGCACUGACUGGCUGGAUACCUGAACGUGUGGCUAUCAGGCCUGGUGAACCUGAUUUCAACAGUGAUGCUCUAUUUGAUAAAUUGUUAACUCGCAUGUCAAAGGGUGAUGUACUUGUUACUGUGGCAACUGGAGAGUUGUCAGAUGCAGAGGCAGAUCGCACUGGACUUGUUCCCACUCACGCUUAUGCGGUACUUGACACCAAGAAAGUGAAGGGUGUUCGUCUCCUACAACUGAAAAAUCCAUGGUCACAUCUAAGGUGGCGUGGCAACUAUUCAGAACUGGAUACAAGACACUGGACACCAGACCUUAAAGAAAUCCUAAACUUUGACCCGAACAGUGCAGCAAUGUUUGACAAUGGUGUUUUUUGGAUUGACUAUGAAAGUAUUCUUCGUUUCUAUGAUGUCUUCUACUUGAACUGGAAUCCUGGACUUUUCAGUUACACAUACUGCAUCCACCAGUCAUGGAAAGCUGGUGUGGGCCCUGUGAAGGAUGCAUAUAAUGUUGGGGACAAUCCACAGUUUUCUCUUGAAGUAGAGGGUAACACUGGAGCUGUGUGGAUCUUACUUACUAGACAUAUUACAGAGAUAGAAGAUUUUAAAGAAAACAGGGAGUACAUUACAGUCCUCGUGUAUAAAAAUGAUGGAAGGCGUGUGUACUAUCCUCAUGAUCCACCUCCAUUUAUUGAUGGUGUCCGUAUAAACAGUCCUCAUUAUCUCUGCAAAUUGGUCUUGACUGAAACCAGUGCUAAAAGAUAUACUUUAGUUAUUUCACAAUAUGAGAAAAUGAACACCAUCUAUUAUACUCUGAGAGCAUAUGGCACUUGCCCAUUUUCAUUGAGGAAGAUUGGUGAUCCAUAUGAGUACACCAAACAGGUUACUGGCAAAUGGGAAGGACUGACAGCUGGUGGUUGUGCUAAUAAUCGUGAUACAUACAAUAACAAUCCAAUAUACCAAGUAAUUAUUCAGGCUGCUCAUAAUAAUACACAAAUGUUGCUUGAUCUCAAAGGGCCAAAACAGUAUCAGAUUGGUAUGGAUGUCAUAAGUGUUGUUGUAAAUGAUCCAAAUGCACCAACAGCCUUUAAACGAAAAGAUUCUGGACCAUUCAGAUCGGGAUUUGUGGUGCUUGACUUACAAGAUGUUCCUGCUGGCACAUACAAUAUUAUUCCAGCCACCUUCUUGUCUAGGCAGGAAGGUCCAUUCUUUCUCACUGUGAAAUCUUCUUCACCUUUUAAACUGUCACACUUACAGUGAAAAAGAAACAUUUGCUGUCCCUUCUGAUAUUUCGCGCAAUUCAAGUUUGCAUUUAAAUUUUUAACACACAUUAGUGCAGCAGAUAUUAUUUUUAACAGAUGAUUUAUACUCUGGCGGCUUAACAUAAUAAUAACCUUUUACGACUGCUAAAUAAUUCUGUCUUUUUUUUUAUCAUCAACAGUAAUCAAAAGAAAAGAAGACACACAGUCUCUCAUGUGUGAAUUUGAUAAUAGUAUAAACUGUUGUGUAUAUCUUUUUGUUUUGAAGUGAUAUCUAGAAACAUUUCCAUAUUUGGAAGUAAUAAGCCUAUGUGCAACUCUGUUGCAUACUUCAUAUUGGAUAACAUGAAUUUCCUUUAUGUUUUGUGAUUUCAGAAUGUUCAUUCAUAAGUAAGUAUCUGCUACAUGUUUCAAUUUUAUCUUAGUUUUGAUGUUUCUUUGUUGGAACAGAUUCACAGAUACUUUCAAGUGGAAAAAAGUGCCAAUAUUCUUGCCUGUCAUUUGGUUGAUACAAAUAGCAUUAUUAUUUUAUCUGAUCCUGAUUACUGAAAGCAAUUUCUUAAGGUGUUUGUUGUACUUAUUUUUAAUGCACACUGUACAACUCCAUAGUGAGUUUUGUAGGGAAGGUGGCAUCCACCACAAAAGCCAACUGUUGUCUGGAUUAAGCUGGUAUGCUACAAGAAACUUAAUUGGCAAUUAUUUUUUAUCCUUAUUAUGAAGUGUUACAAAUGGUUGAUUGUUUUCGUUUAUGUACUAGCAGCAUACUAUCAAUAAUGUAUAAAAACUUAUUUUCAUUCCAAGGUUUUUCUGCGCCCCUUUAAUGUUAUCUGUUCCCCCUUGGAGAACUAUUUAAUAUGUGCACAAACAAUAUCCACUGUUACUUUACAGUAUUACUCAUUGUAACUUAUGUAUUUUGCUGUACAGUGUGUAAUCACAUUAUAGUCAUGAAUAUCGAUGACACUUUAAAAUUGUUUUCAGAGCAUUUGUAUAUUAUGGUGACACUGAUUCCUCCAAAGUUAUAAGUAGUGUGCAGAGUAAUUUAGUUUACUUGAUGUUUACUUUGUAUCAUUAUUUGUAAUCUUAAAUGCACUGUGGAAUUUUCCUUCAGAAUUUAAAAAAAAUCAUUGUCAUUUGGUUGCCACUGCUGAUGAUUUGAGUGAAUGGAUCAAUUAUGUGUAAAAUGUGAAAUGCUGUGAAUAUCUACAGCUUAUGAGUCAUCAUUUCAUUUGCCAUAAUAUAUGGAUUUUGUUGCACUUUCUUUCCUCACCACAUGUUUUAGUGGAGUUUGUCUGUAUUAGUGUAAUACCUUAUGUGUUCUUACAUAAAAAUUCCUAAUUAUUGUUUAAUGUUUUGUUUACAUGAUUGAAACUAAAAAAAAGUUACAAACAACCAGGCAGCAAUUGUAGAAGUUCAGUGUACAGACUUCUCAUGAGUGAAUUGUGUUUAUGAUUGCAUUUCACAAGAAGUCAACUGUGUACUGUAAAGUGAGUGUCAAAUACUUAACUUAAGAAGAGACUGUGUGGUAUUGUCGCCAGGAAAAAGGAUACCAGAAAGAGAGAGAGAAUUCCCUUUGUGUGCAUUGCAUUCAUUUUUGUUUCUAUUAUCAAAAGAUUCUUACAUAAUAGAUGUCGUUUGUUUUUUUUGGUGGAAUAACCAUGGAAUAUUUUAGGGUCCUUGGUCAUGAGAUAAAAGGCACUAUUUCAAAGAAAGGUAGAGGAGUGUUGUUCUAUUAAGGGUUACCAUCUAUUUUUAUUUCUAUACUUAUUUGACUUUCUUUUCAGCUUUUAUUACCCUUGUUUAUCCACAUUGUUUAACACAGUAUUGUUAGGAAAUGUGUUUCAUUAAUAAAAUAAGAGUAUAAGAAAACAACGGGACGUACUUUCUCUGUUUUUGUCAGUCCUUCACACAGUGUUCUAUUUCUCUCAUUUUUUGAUAUUGGAAGGUCAUAUAGGCAAGAAAUUUCUGUAACAUUAUUACAUUUCACUAAUUCAUAAAAUUAGUGAUAUUUAAAAAAUUAAUGUUGUGUCAGUGUAACUGAAAAAGUAAUGUUGGAACCAUAUGAGGUAGAAGAGAAGACUGAAUCUCAAGCUAUCAAAACUGAUGACUUCAUUAUGAAGAGGGGAAAAAAAGGAAGAGGUAAAUGAGGAAGGAUAUCUUCAGUACUUGUCUGUCUUCUGGCCUUACUUUCUAGGUGACUUGUCCAGUAUUUACCUUUUAUUCCAUCAUGCCAACUAUGUCACUUCUGUGUGUCUCCUCACACACAGUGAGAGAUGUAUCCAUGUUUCAAUGAGAAAGAAACCCCCUAAUGUAAAAGGCUCCUAAGUAACUUGUUGUGGCAUUUCACAAGUGUUACAAAAUGUGAUAGGCGUGAUCAUUUUAAUGAAAACAAAGUAAUACUCCCUGAAUAGGUGACAGACCAGAUGGCAAUACUACAUUCAGUGAUAUAGAAAACAGUAUAUUAAAAUUCACCAGUUCUUUUUGGACUCAGAAACAGAAAUAUUUAUACUUGUUACAUAACUUGGAGGGUAAUAUAUUACAAAACUUAAAAAGUGAAAUUGUGCUCAUUGAAGACUUACGACAGGAGGAAGAGGAGAUAUUUACACAGUAAAAUUGCAGAACUUUGAGUUAGGGAAAAUUACAUUCUCUGAAUGCACGUUUGGUUACAUUUCAUUGUUCUUUCGCACUUGAGGCAGAGUGAUGUGAUGCAGUGGUAAGAUGCUGGAACCUCAACUGAAGGAUGGCAGUUCAAAUCCCUAUCCUGACAGCUAGCUGUACAUUUUCUAUGCUUACCAUAAAUUGCUUAAUCCAACGCUGGGUGGUUCCUUGGAAAAGGGUGUGCUCCAUUUUCCACCUUAUCCUUCCCUAACCUCAAUUAGAUCUCAGUCUCUUAUGACCUUGUUGUCACAGGGGUGUUAAACAAUAAUCAUCCUUCCCUACUCAUAAUACUUCAGAAUACUCCUGACAUCGUGACACUGAAUUGUGAACUUCCAUUUCUUCAAAAAUAUGACAUGACUGUAAUUAGUCUAGUGCAGCUGUACUACAAUGUAAAUAGUACAGUCUGUGAUAGGCCCCUUACAAUUAAAAUCUGCAGAAUAUUCUGAAAACAUGUUCCAAAAUUUCACACUUGACUCCUAAGAUUCUUAACAAAUUGUUUUUCCUCAGCUUUUCCUUUUGUUGCAAGUAUUAAAUUCCCUGUCAGAUACAUGACAGGGCUGGCUGAUUGACACAUCAGUUUAUUGCCCACAAAAUUCUAUUGCAUGUUAAAGACAUCAGCUGUUUCCUGAGGUUAUCCAUUACUGAUCGUCUCCUUCCUAAAAAAAAAAACAUAAAUUACCUGUCUACAGAGAGGCACUUGUUCUCAUAAUACCUACCUUCUAUGAGCCCAUUCUUAAUCACUCCCGUAAAUUAAUUUCCUCUGAAACAUCCUGUAAGGGCAACACAUACGAGUUGUCAGAGGAAAUGGUAGUGUUAAGAGUAGCUAAAUUUUGUUGAAUUAUUCUAAGCAAUUUUUUGUGAAGUAUUGUGGCAACCAUUUGUCAGUUCUCAGUCUCCACUAUGUGGAUUCAUAUUCAGUCAGAACUUAAACUACCUGCAGUCUUUUAAGUAGCGUAAAGAAAAGUUACCCAUUCUAACCUCCAUUUACCUCUAAGUGGAAUUAAACUAACCAGGAACAGCAACAUAUGUAACUUUCACAUAUUGCCAAUGACUUAUAUUUAAAAAAUUAUUUUUAUGAGAUUGGAUAUGUGAUUGGAGAUGUGCCUGGUAAGUAAUAAUUUAUAAUUGCCUCACAUCCCACAAUGAACAAUUAGAUCGGCAAGGAGGUCUUUUUUCUCUUUCCUGGUUUUAAAAAAAAGUUACUUAACGGUACAAUUAUUUCUACCAGUAUAUCUUUUUAUGGACUGGAUUUUUUUAUGGUUGAUGUUUUUGAGACUGGUUAAUAGAAAAUAAAUUUCUGUUUGUACAGGCAAGAUGGCAAUUUCAAUUUCAUGUUGAAUAAAUCAAUAUGUGAUCUUGUCAUCCAUGCCUGGUUCAGUGACCUGUAGUCUUACCAGAAGUGCUUGCCGCCUAGGCACUAGUGUUAUUGUCGUUGGAGUAAGUGUUUCUCAUUUUUGCAAGACCUUUGAUUGUUGCAGCUCUGACUACUACUAGGUUUGAUGUUGGCAUAUUAUGCACAGCACUUGGAGAAGUAUCUUACAUAUUUUUAUUGUAAAAUUGCAGUCAAUCUGUAUCAGGAGAAUAAACAUGUUUGUUUGAAUUAUGUGUAUAAUAGCUUUGAACAAAAUUUUAUCUUUUUAUGUUUGCCUUUAUUUACCAUUUUAAUCAUUUGGAAUAAUAUCUAAUCUGUAGUAAUUUAUAAUAUAACAUUGUUACUGUUCAUACAGAAAAAAUAUAAAUGUAUGAUGGCUGUGAACACAGUAGUUUGUAAUUCUUGUAAUGUAAUAAAAACCUAUAAACUAUUACAUUAUUGUUACAAUAUGUUGCUCAGCAGAUUGUUUGUUAGUAUUUAUUUUAUGGAAUUAACUUUAAAUAUUUGUUAAAGCAGAGAAAUGUCUCUAUGAUUCAAAUCUAAACUAUUUUUUUACAUUCGUGCAGAAUAUUGAUUGAAAAUGAAAUACAAACCUUUUAAGUUUA